GUCGGCCCGCGGGGGGAUAACGGACCACCAGGGCCCAUGGGUCUCCCCGGCCCUCAAGGACCCAGCGGGAUGUCAAUUCCAGGAGAGGCUGGCCGCCCUGGACCGAAGGGAGAGCAGGGUGACUCGGGUUUACCUGGACAGAAGGGUUCACCUGGUCCCUCGGGGGCUCCCGGCCCGAUCGGACCGGCAGGAGUGAGGGGUCCUCAAGGAAAGGAAGGGCCGGCUGGACCCAGAGGCCCCACAGGGCCCAUGGGACCCCCAGGAGCUCCUGGAACAUCAGGUGCCGCAGGACAGCCAGGAAAGAACGGAGACUCUGGUCCCCCUGGCGCCAUCGGCCCCAAAGGAGACAGAGGAGAGAGAGGUGAUUUCGCUCCUCAGAACAUGAUGCGAUCCAUCGCCAGACAAGUUUGUGAGCAGCUUGUGAACUCGCAAAUGUCUCGAGUCAACACGUUACUGAACCAGAUCCCCAACGGCAUACAGCGCAGCAAUAACCCCGGACCUCCAGGACCUCCCGGAACUCCCGGCAGGCAGGGACCCCGCGGAGAGCCGGGCACCGCAGGAAGGAACGGUUUCCCUGGAAGUCCAGGUCAGCCCGGACAGCAGGGAGAGAGAGGUCCCGCAGGAGAGAAAGGUGAACGAGGACUGUCGGGAGUCGGACAGAAAGGAUCGAGAGGACCUGCAGGUCCACCAGGAGAAGGCAGGACAGGGUCUCCAGGCCCCGCAGGCUCCACUGGACCCCGCGGUCCCCCUGGACGUCCAGGGCACGCUGGAGUCCGCGGUCCUCCUGGAUCUCCUGGAUACUGCGACUCCUCUCAGUGUGUCGGUAUUCCUUACAACGGGCAAGGAUACGUAGGUUCAGCAUAGUAAACUUUCUGUCACCUGUGCUGCUUUCGCUGACUUCCUGAAAAAACCCAAAACUCAAAACGUCCUGUAACUGAACGCUCGCUUGCUCGCUCUAGAGCUGUUUUAAGGGAUAACGGCCAACGGAAACCAUUAACAAACUGUGCUGAGAAACAUCACAACAACAAAGAGGGAACCAGUACUAACAACGACUCACAGCCACUAGACAAACAGCAGCAGCGGCGGUGAAGACACCGAGCUGCUUAACGGCCUGUUUGAAUCUCGAAGACCAAACAAAGGAACCUUGUGUUCAGUGGAGGAGCAUGAAACAACAGCAGCAACAAACAACCCACACAAAUACUAACAAAGGUGGAUUUGUAUCAGAGCAACAUCUGCAUCCUCUGCAGCAUCACGGGCAACAACUGCAGCAUCAACCCUGUUAACAGCAUUUCUCUCCAGGUGCCGUGUAAAUAAACUAAUGUGUGCUUUGUAAAUGACGUUUGAAUCAAGUCCACGACAUUUAGUUUUGACAUCUGUAGUUUUAAAGCUUGUGCCUUGCAAACAACAACCUGCUGCUUGCUGAAUGCCAACAACUCUUUCCUCCAUGUGUUUGAAACUGCUCAGGGUCAAACUGAAUCAUUUCUGCACAUGUGACCCUGGAGGCUCAGAAUCCACUUCACGAACAAAACCAACAACAAAUCCAGCUUUUCCUUUUUGUUUUGAUCUGUCCCCCCCGAACCAGCCGAGCUGUGUGUGUGUGUGUGUGUGUGUGUGUGUGUGUGUGUGUGUCAUGAAAUACUAACAAUGGUCCCAAAGCUGCCUCUGUUCUCCAGAGGAACCAGAUUUGAAUGUGGACGUGUUUUGUUGUUUUCUAUCGUCAAAUGAACGAGAUGUGGAGAAACACCUGAACUUCAACAUCCACAGCCAAUGAGAACGAUUCCAGCACCAGGGGAGUGUCCACAGUGGGGGGGGGAGGGGUCAACCACCCUGAGGUGAACGGAACCAGCAGCCUCCUGCGAGAGCAGCGUGAAGUCCAAACUUUAAUAGUUUAAUAUAAGAAAGUUAAAACGAUUUAAACAAGUCACAGAAUUCUCACAUUUGUAACUGACUCACUUUUUAUAUUAUAAUAUAAUAUUGACUCACAUGUUCCAGUUCCUCGUGUUAGAACGCUGUUAGCUUUGGUAGCUAGCCUCUUACGUAGCUCGUAGCAGAAGAAUCACGAGGGCAGAUUUGUGCGACGCUGUGGACACGCCCCUCUGCUGACCAACUAUCUGCACCAGUGCGUCAUCAGUGCGGCAGUAAAACAUUUCAAACCCUUCUUCUUGUGCAUGCUGAGAAAAACUGACCAGAAACAAUUAUCGACCCAAACACUAUCUCCGAGCAGGCCAAUACCCUCCUGACUCCGAAACCCGAGUAGUCCCGGAACCCGAGGAGGAAGACGAGUCGUUUAACCGCCGUCGAAAGAGAUCGCUAUCAA